CGCAGCAAAUGGGUGUCUUAGUCAUGUUUUCCUUACUGUACAGUCUAUGGACGUUCUCUGCCCAGAUGUCUUGGACCAGCACCACGCUGCUUUUGUUCGUGGCCACUUGAAAGUUCGCUCUCCUGGUCUGAACGCUUCCUCGUACAUUCUAGUGCUGUUUAACUGAAAGUUUGUCCCACUUCACAAAACCAGAUGCCUUCUACUUCAAACCAAAAAGAUAACCUGGAGACAUGUGUUUUAAAAUUUUCUGAUCUGGAUUUAAAAGAUACCAGUCUUAUUAAUCCCAACAGCCGUCUCAAAGCAGAGCUAGAUGGCAAUACAAGGAAGAAAUACUCAUUUGCAAAAAAAAAGGCUUUUGCCCUUUUUGUCAAAACCAAACAAGUUCCAGCACCUUCUUCUGAAUGUAAGGAAAAGUGGUGGAAAUGCUGUCAGCAAGUGUUUGUGGCCCAGAGCAGCAUCCACAGACAUGUAGCAACACAGCAUGCUGAAGACAUUUAUUACCAGACUGCGUCCAUUGUAAAGCAGCUAACUGCCACAUUGAGUACCUCAAAGAGUCUUACGUCUCUGGACAAAACAACCUCUCUAAAGGAGUACCUCCCUCAUAGCCAUGAAGUAUCUGCAUGGCUCCCUGAUACAAGCUGCUUUAGCCUUGAUGAAUUGAUGAGCAACCAGGGCAGUGAGGAAGGGGAGGUGCUACUAUAUUACUGCUACUGUGACCUGGAGGAUCCCCAUUGGGUCUGUGCCUGGCAGACAGCUCUGUGUCAGCACCUGUACCUCACAGGCAAGGUGCGAAUUGCUACCGAAGGAAUCAAUGGAACUGUCGGUGGAAGCAAAUUGGCCACCAGACUCUAUGUGGAAGUCAUGCUUUCUUGCCCAUUAUUUAAGGAUUAUAUGUGUAAAGGAGAUUUUAAGAGCAGCAGAGGAGGAGCUCACUGUUUUCCAGAAUUGCGCGUUGGUGUAUUUGAAGAAAUUGUGCCCAUGGGGAUCAGCCCCACUAAGAUCUCCUACAAGAAGCCUGGAAUCUAUUUAUCACCAGAUGAAUUUCAUAAAGAAGUUGAAAAGUUUUUAUCUCAUGAAAAUCAAGAACAAAGUGAUACAAUCCUAUUGGAUUGCAGAAACUUCUAUGAAAGCAAAAUAGGACGAUUCCAGGGCUGCUUAGCCCCUGACAUCAGAAAAUUCAGUUACUUCCCUAGCUAUGUUGAUGAAAAUCUAGACAUUUUCAGACAGAAGAGGGUGCUGAUGUACUGCACUGGGGGCAUCCGUUGUGAGCGCGGUUCUGCCUACCUCAAAGCCAAGGGAGUGUGUAAAGAAGUGUUCCAGCUCAAGGGUGGCAUCCACAAGUACCUGGAAGAGUUUCCUGACGGUUUUUACAAAGGGAAAUUGUUUGUUUUUGAUGAGCGAUAUGCCCUGUCCUACAACAAUACUGUGGUUUCAGAAUGUUCCUACUGUAGAGCUCCAUGGGACCAGUAUAAACUCUGCUCUACUACCCAGUGCCGCCAGCUUGUUUUGACAUGUCCUACCUGUCAAGGACAAGGAUUCACAGCCUGCUGUGUCACUUGUCAAGACAAAGGGAACAGAAAAGCUUCAAGCCUUACCCAGAACAGUUUUAAAGAGGAAUGUGAGUGUACAGCCCGACGGCCACGCGUCCCACGGGAGAGCUUGCUCAACUGCCUCUGAACCCAGAGUCAGGGCAUAAAGUUGGUAAGGACUUGUAUGAGUGGCACCUUCAGCAUUCCCAAAGCCUUACAGAGUAGGUUUAGGUGACCACGCCUAACAGAUUAUCUGGCUGUAGAAACAGAAAUCAAGAACUUCAUUAUUGGUUACUGCCACACUGGCCACAGGCAAAGGAACAGGGACCCCAAGGGUUGACCACUUGUAAACCAAGCCAUUUUGAUUCAGAAGAUGGUAGAGCAUGAAAAAAAAUGAGUCAUGUGGGAUCCCAGUGCUGUUGAGGGAUAGAGGCCUUUUAGCCUGGUGACUGUAUCAUGCUGUCUCUGUCAUGCAGCAGCAGGGCUGUUAGUAGUCAUUGCCCUUGUGAAAGCUAGGGUCCUGGGAGUGGACUCCUAAACCAGGCUGCUGAGGUCAGCUCAUCUUCUUCCCCUGCCUUUGGCUUCUUUGGCUGCUUAGGGAGAUCUAUAAACUGGGCAUCUGGUCCUCUGCUUUGAAGACUUGAUUAGAAUAGUCCCACUCACUCCCCUACAUGUAGUCUGUGGCACUGCUGAGUAGUUGCUUCAGAGACCAUGUGGCACACAAAGUCUAAAAUAUUUACUACCUGGCCCUUUUCAAAAAAAUUUUCUAGACCCUAGACUAACAGUUUGCCUAUCAGAGAUGGUCAUAAAGAUGUGACCCACUUCAUUUUUAUUGAUUUGGUUUCUGUGGGAGAUGUCUCCCUAAGAGUUCUUCAUCUCCCACCAUCUCCUCUUUAAGUUGUAAGUGUUCUCCUUAGAGAUCCACAUCAGCUGGAUAGCACUGGCAUUUGAGUGAUAGAGGGUUUUUUGUUUGUUUGUUUGUUUGUUUUUUGAGGUAGGGUCUUACUGUAGUCCAGGUUGACCUGGAAUUCAUUAUGUAGUCUCAGGCUGGCCUUGAACUCAUGGCGAUCCUCCUACCUCUGCCUCCUGAAUGCUGGGACACACGCCCGGCUGAGUAGCAGUUUUUAGGUCAGCACCUGGGAGGGUCAUAAGACACUUUCUUAGGUAGGCCAUUCAGCGCUGGCAUGGUGGCUGCCCAGCUUUUUGAUUGGCAUGCCAAAAACACCUGUCCCUGUCACACAGAUCCCAAGAAACACACAUAGCCACACAUAUACCAAUGACUUUAAUAUUAUAUCGCAGUUUCCAGUGAUGCAGAAUGCGGCUGCAGUUGUGUUCAAGGAGAAGCCGGGUGGGGCUGGCUAUCCCUGCAGCUUGGUGCCAUUCCUGGGCCCGUAUGCAGCCUCAGUAGACACUUCAUAGUGGUGAGGCCCAGGCUGCACCUCUAGUUACCCUGUACUGUCCACAUCAUUACAGUCCAGCGCACAGGACUCAUCAGCGUCCUUCUAGUCUGCCCGUUAGCUCUGUACCUUGUCCUUCAGAACAUUUGCCCAUCCCUAACAAUAACAACUCCCCAAAGCAACAAACAAAAACAUUACUUUAACUGGCACUGUGGUAUGUUAAAAGGCACAAGGGCAAUGUGGCUGAACAUUUUUGCUGCCUCCCAUGCUAUUAAAAAAGACCCAAUGGAAAUACCAAAAGUGUAUUUUCAGAAUAAUCACCUUAGGGUUGUGUGUCAGGAGUUCCUACUUCAUUAAUAGACUUUCUGCACUGUUGUCCUUCAGAGGGUUCGUUUGUAGGUAUGAUGCCUGUGUGAGCUAUCUCAUAAGUGACCAGACAGGUAACUGGAGUCUGUAAGCAUGACCAUUAAAUAUCACAGCCACACCAGACUAGAAACUCGCCCCUCUGAGGUUGGCCUCACGUAAACCAUUUGCUCACUGUGCAGUAUAGGAAGAUGUUUUGAUAUGUUUGGCCAUAGGUUUUUGUCCAUAAUGAGGUUGGCAUUCAAUAAAGACAAAUGAUUUCUGACUGCAGUAAACACAUCCUAGAUGUUCAUGCAGAACACUCAGGAAUAUGUUUGUUGCCUAGAAUGGUUUUGAAACUUGAAAUUUCACCAUUGCCUUUUUCUAUCAUUGUUUUUCAUACCCAGCAAAAGGAAUUGUGUGUGUGUGUGUGUGUGUGUGUGUGUGUGUGUGUGUGUGUGUGUUUGUGUUGAUUCCUGGCAGAGCUCUGGAGCUUCAGUUUGUCAUUGUUGAGGGAAAAAUGGUUUGUGAUCAUGUUAUCAAUUUGGCAGCUUUAAUCUUGAAGUUCUUAAAGUAAAAGGAUUCAUAGAAGGUGAUGAUCUGUUCUUUUGCUGGACAGCUAAGAUCAAUUCAUAAUAAAGUGUUCUUUCCAAACCAGA